UCGAGAUGUGCGUGCUCGUGAGAUGUCAUGGCUGGCGAAAGCUGUCUUCGCCGAUCUAAAUGUCCAGCUACUACGCAAGGAUUCAGACAAGAGUGUUUUGUCGAGCGAAGACUCGGCGGAGAGCGCUUUAUCAGGUAAUGGAGAUAUUCAGUGGUGUUUUUCUCAAGUGAAGGGGACGUUAGACGAUGAUGUAACCGAAGACGGUAAGCAACCGAUUGCUAUCCGUGCAGCGGACAUAAUUUCGUGCGUGGAGUUCAACCAUGACGGCGACCUGCUGGCGACAGGCGACAAGGGUGGCCGGGUUGUCAUCUUUCAGCGAGACCCUGCGUCGCGGCAAAGCCAGCCUAGGAGAGGGGAAUACAAUGUGUACAGUACAUUUCAAAGCCACGAGCCAGAGUUCGACUACCUCAAGAGUCUUGAGAUUGAGGAGAAGAUCAACAAAAUCCGGUGGCUACGCCGCAAGAAUCAAGCCCACUUUCUCCUUUCAACUAAUGACAAAACGAUCAAGUUGUGGAAAGUGUCUGAACGGGACAAACGCAUAGAUGGAUACAGCUCGCGAACAGAAGUGGGUGGUAUGACAGCGUUGCGGGUGCCUACGAUACAGCCCAUGGAUCUUUUGGUUGAGGCAACACCGCGGCGGAUCUUUGCCAAUGCACAUACCUACCACAUCAACUCCAUCUCGGUCAACAGUGACCAAGAAACGUACCUCUCUGCAGAUGACCUUCGCAUAAACCUCUGGCAUCUGGAAAUAACCGACCAAAGUUUCAAUAUUGUCGACAUCAAACCUACAAAUAUGGAGGAGCUAACAGAAGUAAUAACUGCAGCAGAAUUCCAUCCAACUCAGUGUCAUAUGUUUGUUUAUAGUAGCAGCAAAGGCACAAUUCGGCUUUGUGACAUGAGGGCAGCAGCACUUUGUGACCAGCAUGCCAAAUUGUUUGAAGAACCAGAGGACCCAACCAACCGCAGCUUCUUCUCCGAGAUCAUCUCCAGUAUCUCGGACGUGAAAUUCAGCAACAACGGCCGCUACAUGAUCUCCAGGGACUAUUUAACUGUUAAAGUGUGGGACUUAAACAUGGACAAUAAGCCAGUGGAGUGCUACAAUGUGCACGAGUAUCUGCGCACCAAGCUUUGCAGCCUCUACGAGAACGAUUGCAUUUUCGACAAGUUUGAGUGCUGCUGGAACGGCACUGACAGCUGCAUCAUGACUGGUUCCUACAACAAUUUUUUUCGGGUGUUCGACCGAACAGCGAAACGCGACGUGACCCUGGAGGCAUCCCGGGAGAUAGCCAAGCCGCGGACGGUGCUAAAAGCGCGAAAGGUGUGCACAGGAGGCAAGCGAAAGAAAGAAGAGAUCAGUGUAGAUUGCUUGGAUUUCAACCGCAAGAUCUUGCACACGGCGUGGCAUCCCCAAGAAAAUGUGGUUGCAGUAGCUGCCACGAACAACCUGUACAUAUUUCAGGAGAAGUUUUAGUUUUUGCUUGAGGCAUUCUACAGCACAAUGUAAAAAAUGUACAUAGUGUCAUUUCCCCGCUCCUCAAAUGCCUGCAUCCCCCCUACCUGUUUUAGAAAGGCAAUUUAUUUUUUGUCCCCACAGUCCCGUUGUUGUACCAUACUGGUGACUGAGGUUUUUGUAGGUCGUAUGGAUUGUGUUUUAAGUAGGUCCCUUUUAGCGUUUUGUUUAUGCCAUUGCAUGUUGUGGACGAUUGAAGGGGGGGGGGGGGGGCAGUUGCUCAAACGCUGCGUGCUGCUCCUCAAUGGCACUCGAAAAAAAAAAAAAAGAACGAAAUGUUUUACUACAAGACUGUCGUAUUCCGAAUUCUCGUACGUUGACAGAGGGAGAAAAUAAAACGAAGUCUUGAGAAAGUGCC